AUGAGCAGCUCUGAAGGAGAUGACCUGGACCUGUCUUUUGAGGAGGUGUUAGUCGGUCGAGUCAAUUCUCUCGAGAGAUUUGCUAUUGAGCCGCUUUCUGAUGUGAUGGAAACACACAGAGACCUCCAAGAAACCGUAAACAACAAGGUGAUCGGUGACAUGGCUGCAGUUAAGGCUGACCUUGUUUUUUUUAAGUCAUACAUAGCAGACCAAGACCAAGAGAUUGAGGAGUUGAGGAAGCAGCUGGAAGAAAAGGGCAGCAGUGCUCCUGCCCACUCCGGAGGCCAGAAGAGACCAGCUUCCUCACCAGAUUGGACUCCUGAACGGAAGCAGAGAUGGUCUGAAGAGCUGGACAAGAUCCUGGAGCCAUUCUGGCAAGAAAGAUCCGAUGCCCGUGAGAAGCUGACUGAAAGGCAGCAGGCCUUCUUCAGCUACAUGAUGGACCAGCUGAAAAUCAAAGAUCGGAGAAACCUGGAGAUGAACGCGGCGACGGUGCUCAACGAAGGAGUUUCCAGGGGCAUCUGGGAGGAGGACUGGACUCCUGCGGGAAUAAACGCAACAUUCACGCAAUACCUUGUAGAAAAAAUAAGAAAUCACGUGAAAAAAACUCAUCAGGAGGACCAGUGA